CCCAUAAGAACAUUUCAAACAGGUUAAAAUUAGUUAAUUGCUAUAAGUAAUCAUUCUAUACUAGGGAAUCGCUGCUUAGCUGGACUGAAUAGCAGUGAAUAACAGAUGGAUUAAUUCUGACGGCAUCACAGUUUUUGUACAAUGUACUUAAGCCGACAUAUGCAAAUCUGUAGUUGUUUUAAAUGCCUUUAUGGCUUUACACAAAGAAUUGCCGUACGGAUUUUUAAUUGUUCCAAGUCAUGCAUGAGGCCAAAUGGCUGUCAGACACACCUGAACGAAUACCGCCUUUUAUAAACAAUUAUUUCACUGGUGAACGGUAUACUUAAACGAGAUUUGGUGUUGUACGCAAGAAAUCUUUACCCAACUAAUCCCUGAAAACUGACUUUAUUCCGAAGUGGAUUGACGUACAAACAACGGAUGUCUGGUUCUUUGAUCUUCAUUAGAUUUAACUUCCGUUUGAUCGAAGAAUCUACGAUUCUACUCACGUCGUUUCCGUAGAAGAGAGAAAGCAACUGCGAACUGCUAAGUCAGUGACAAACCAUGCCGAAAGACAAAGAAGAAGAAAACGAAAGCUACUUGCAGAAGUUCACUGUUGCGGUGUUCGGCGACGCGGGAGUAGGAAAGACCUCGCUUAUCAACCGCCUGGUCGGGCUACAAUUCAACCCCGAACAUCUACCCACCGUGGAAGAUUUUCAUGUCAAGCAUUUAGCUUACAAGAACAAAACUUGCGAACUUCAAAUUAUCGAUACUUCAGGGACUUAUGAGUUUCCCGCCAUGAGGAGGGUUAAUAUGGACAAGUCGGACGCGGUCAUCUUGGUAUAUUCUCUGGAUCGACCUGAAUCGUUUGUAAAGCUUGAGCGAUACUUUGAUGAAAUCAAAGAAAGCAACGCUGCGUCGAUCAGUGACAAACCAGUUGUGGUGAUUUCAAACAAAUCUGACCUUUCCGACUUCGUGCAGCCAAAGUUUAAAGAUAAACGAGGACUAAAUGUCAGCGUAGGGAUGCACUUGGAGAGCAGAUUUGGAUGUCACUGGUUCGAUGCCUCCGCCAAGCUGAAUGACAAUGUUGAAGAGACAUUUUACAAGGUUUUGGAAUACUUAUUUAACAAUACCUGUCCUAAGUUGUUAAGAAAUGGUCGUUCACAGCCUAGGAAAAUCAGCAGUUUAAUACAGCGAAAGAUGAAAAUUUCUCGAUAAUACAAUCGGACAUUCGGCACGACAAGUUUGUACAUCGAUUAUCGAAGCGAAUUAUACAAUACAUUCGAUCCCGCAUUGUUUUAUUAACGGUUUACUAGCGGAUUCAGCCCAAUAUAUCAAUACCUGUUCAUAAUAUUUAACGUAACUGGAAAAUAUGACUAUUUAUCUUCCAGAAAAAAACAUACCGUACUUAUUGCGUGUGGUAACUAUCAUAGACUCGAAUGAAGAUGAUGUUUGUUUGGAUCACGAUAGCAUCAAAGAACAUAGUUAGUCGCUUUCACGCACGCCCAUAUAAUUGCGCAGUAAAUUUUCGAACGGUAGUGUUAAUAAUCUGUAGAAAUUUUUGUAUUGCAGGUACGAGUCAAACGCAAUACUUUGACCCACAAAUAAAAACUUUUCAGAGAUGAAUAGGGCUCUCAGAAUCAGACAGUCGUUUUAUUGCAAGCUAAUAUCAGUAAUCAUGUGAAUAGAUGCAAAUUUAAUUUACAGCACUAGAAAUGCAAUUCUUGUAAUAACGAAAAUUAAUCUCAGUUCUGUUCAGCAAACAACCUCGGCGAUUUCUCAAUACAAUUGAUUUUGUCAUUCUUUAAACUGGAAUCUCUUGAUGUGGACAACUAGAGAGCCAGCAGUCUCUAGGUUGCUCGAACAUCCGCGAGGGAAGAACGCAAAAACAGAUCGAACUGGCAGAGGCGGAUUUCCUAGCAAAGGAGAGAGAGACUGCUCGCACUCUAAUGGACGGCGAAAGUAAGGACAUGUUCUAAUUGUUCUGAUAAUCGAGCAGACCUUCUAAACCGGUUCAUUUGCAAAGGUGGUUACGCAACACUUAGCUGAAUAUUACGAAACAACUCAGGACCGUUGCGCCGUAUCCAUUAUCAGUGGUUCUUACUGUGGGCUGGGAAUGUGUGAUGUCAAAACCUCAUAGAAUCGGCCUUUCCACAAAUAUCUGGAUUUUUGGGAGGGAGGAGAUAUUUAGAAGUUUCCGAGAUAUUUAGAAAAUAUGAAAAUACUUGGAAAAUUUAGGGAUAUUUAGAAAUAUUUGUAUUUUUCUUUUGGCUUAGCCCUGUGUUUUCCUUGCUAUUUCCUUGAAAAUAUAUUCAGUUAUUUACCGGAAACAGUCCAUGCAGUUCAGUGAUUUCCUCCUUGAAAAAUCGGUUUAUAUUUAAAACAGAAAUAACAGAUAUUUAGAGGUUCUUUCGAGAUAUUUGGAAACGUUUUGUGAUAUUUUAGAAAAUAUUUUUGGAAAUUCCGGAAAUAUAUUUAGGCGAUUUCACGUGAUAUUUCGAGACAUGCAAAUCUUGCCAUGUGAAGGCGUUGAUAAUAGAUUACGGGCGUAACCCAUGUUACUGGGCGUCCGUUGUCAUUGACGUAAUGCUACUUGUGCCACUUAUGAGUCAUGCUGGGUGGUUUUGGCACUCAGAGCUAGCUUAAAUAUUACCUAAAUAAUAAAGUGAGCAAUUUUACAUUGUUGCCGAGAUAUCCACUGAUGCAAUCAAGUAAAACUACAUUCGAUGCAAUCAGGUUAAAAAUUACUCUGUCAUAAACUUACUACUAUUUUGUUA